UUUUUUUUUACAAAAUGGAGGGCUUGCGUCGCCUGCUUGUCCGCCGUGCGUGGCGCCGCACGAGAGACGUCAUUCCAGCGGAGAGUUAAAAUGCUGCGUUACGGAAGGACGUACGUCUCAUAGAUAAGGAGCACGUAACGGCCACACGCAACAUGAACAUAGACUGUAAAUGCUCAUAGCAGCGCAACAGUGGGAUGGCAACCACUGAGGAUGUGAGCAUGUCCACGGAGCAGGUGGUGAUGGUGAAGACGGAUGGUGAGCCUGAUGAUCUGAAUAAAACCCAAGUCAUCCUUCAGCUCCAGUCCCUUACUGCUGGAGAUGAGCCUGCUGAAAUAAAUGCAUCUGUCACGACUGAUGAAACACAUCCAGAAGAUGCUGAGGAAGUAGAUGUUGAAGAUGGCUGCCCUAUAACAUGCGGUGACAGUAAAGCCAUGUUGCUGGUGAAGAAGUUUGUAUGCCCAGGAAUCAAUGUAAAAUGUGUAAAGUAUGAAGAUCAGCUGAUCAGUCCGAAGCAGUUUGUACAUAUUUCUGGAAAGGCUACACUGAAAGACUGGAAACGAGCAAUCCGAAUGGGCGGCGUCAUGUUAAGGAAAAUAAUGGAUUCAGGCCAGCUUGACUUCUAUCAACACAGUACGUUGUGUACAAACACUUGUCGAAGCACCAAGUUUGACCUCCUAAUCAACAACACACGGUUCCCACCUGAUGGCAGUGGACUCACAUCUUCUCCGGCUCAGGAGUCCUUGGAAGCCAAGACUGGAGGUGACAAUACAACAGUGAAGCCAGUCGAGAAGGCCAACUGGGUCUCAAGUUCACUGGACUCUACAAACAAGGACUCUCGGGAAAUCUCAGAGGAAACACUGAACUUUUGGAUAGGAAUUGCUGAUGUGGGUUUGCUGGGAGAAGUGGUGGCCAAAAUCAGCAGUGAGUUGCUGGAGCUGUUGAAGAAUAUACCGUUGCUCAAGCAGUCAGCUUUCUUACAGGACACAGAGAUCGCAGUGCUUAGUAAUCUUGGUCAGGUGUUUGGACUGCUGGAUACGGUCAAGAAGAUGCUGGAGAAGAGGAGGCAGCAGACUGAUCCCAACCAGGAGCACAUUCUCAGCGUCCUCAGCAACUUGGACCUGCAGUUGGUGGAACAGCAAAAGCAGCAACAGGUUCAAUCUCUUCUCACAUGCCCACAGCUGCCUGCCAAAAGCGGAAGUGCCACCAAACGUCCGACAAAGAGACCUCGUUUGCAGAGACCCAUUACUAACACCACCAUCCUGACGUCCAGCUGUAACGAUCAGACUAACGCGACAACGCCGCAGUUCACCAUUCUGUCCCCAAUCUCAUUAUCCUCGCUGUGUCAGCCAUUCACUGUGGCAGAUUUACCCAUCGCCUCCUUAGCCCAGACGUCCAACACCGUCACGCUGUUCCCCACCGGCUCACAGCUCUUCACGCGUUACAUGGUGACCGGGGACGGAAAAGCGGACAGUAUUGCCUUGCACACGUCUCCUGGCCUCACGCUGGUGGACGCCAGCUCUAUGCAGGACUCCGGACAUUUAAGUACGUUAGUGAGCCCUGUAGAGCUGGUACAUCUCAGCCAGCAGACUGUAGAUGGCGACGCGCUGCCUUUGGAGGGGCAGGUGGUGGACAGCACCAUGUUGAUGCAACAGGAGUUGAUACAGGGGGAGGUGGAGACCAACCAGGAGCACACUGUCAUAGAGAUCAACCCACCUCAAGUAGAAGAAACAAUAGGCGUCAUGGAGCUACAGUUGACUGAUGAGUCGGGUGGAGAUGAGGCUGGAAUCAUGGUAAAGACCAGGAUGGAGAUCACAGUCGAUGAGGCGGAAGAGACGCCAUGUCAAAUGCAGGUUGCAGAGGCACAAGCCGUUCAGGGAGUGGAGUUAGAUUCCACUGGAUCUGGUGUGCAGAUUGUGGUGAUUGGAGAAAAUACUCAGGACACAUAAGAGAUAUCAAUCCAAGCAGGGUAGGAAAAAGUGGACAAAAUAUCAUGAACUUCAUGAUUCGACCCUGUUAUUGUGAAUUCUAUUUAUUUGCAAAAUUCAUUAACCUCCUGUAGUUUGCAUUGAAUCAAUUUAACAUUUUCUUCAAAAGCCGAACCCCAGAGUGCAGCAGGAUUACAUUUAUUUUGCUAUGGUAACGACAAUGCAACUCUUGUAGUAUCGUUACCAUAU